CUCUCCAUAGCCUCUGAGUGUCUGUUGUAAGUUAGUUCUUCCACUUGAGAACGCACUCUCGCGCCCGCCAUCCCCCCAAUCCCGGCGAUCUCCGAUCCUAGACAAUGUCUAACCUGAUUUGACUGGCCCUAUUCCUGGGGUAUGCCAAGCCUUCCACCUGCCGCACACACUCUCAGAUCUACAGACUGAUGAUCCUCUCCCCAAGAACGCUAACACAGGAGCUGUCCUCUGAGACUCUGGAUGACUUUAUUCUUCAAAUGGCUUUACCCUUCUCAUAGCUCCAGGCAUUCUGAAUCCAGACUAGGACGGACCUGGAAGGAGCAGAGGCCCAGGCCGACUCCCCGCCACCCCCUCAAAUGGGGUGGUCUGGACCUGUGACAUCGCCUGCUGUGGAGUCUGUACUGGCUGCGGGGGACCCUGCUCAUUUGAAAAUCUGACAUCAGCUGGGCAGUGGCCCCCCUUCUCCCUCCUCCCUCUGCUCUGACAUAGCAUGUAGUACCUGAAUCUUCUUUUCUUUCCCAGGGACCCUCCAUUCCCUAUAUCCAGGAAAAUGUGAUGAGCUACAGGUAUCAGCUUCUAGAUCACCAACCACUUCAUGUUCUAGCCACGAGUGACUCGAGUGGAAGAUCCGGGGGCAACGAGGUUCAUUAGGAAGAUGCCUAAAGAACAAGGAGAAGAAGCUGGGGGAAAAGAGGUGUGCAGAUACCAGAUCAAAGAAUCGGACAAAGAAGAGGAACCACCAGCUGCUUCAUCCCAUGGCCAGGGGUGGCGUCCAGGUGGCAGAGCAGCUAGGAACUCAAGGCCUGAACCUGGGGCCAGACACUCUGCACUCCCUGCCAUGGUCAAUGACCCACCAUUACCUGCCUUACUGUGGGCCCAGGAAGUGGGCCACGUCUUGGCAGGUCGUGCCCGCAAACUGCUGCUACAGUUUGGGGUGCUCUUCUGUACCAUCCUCCUCCUGCUCUGGGUGUCUGUUUUCCUCUAUGCCUCCUUCUACUAUUCCUACAUGCCCACAGUCAGCCAUCUCAGCCCCGUGCAUUUCUACUACAGGACUGACUGUGAUUCCUCCUCGUCCUUACUCUGCUCCUUCCCUGUUGCCAAUGUCUCGCUGGCUAAGGGUGGACGUGACCGGGUGCUGAUGUAUGGACAGCCGUACCGUGUUACCUUAGAGCUUGAGCUGCCAGAGUCCCGUGUGAAUCAAGAUCUGGGCAUGUUCUUAGUGACCAUUUCAUGUUACACCAGAGGUGGCCGGAUCAUCUCCACUUCUUCGCGCUCCGUGAUGCUGCAUUACCGCUCAGACCUGCUCCAGAUGCUUGACACGCUGGUCUUCUCCAGCCUCCUGCUGUUUGGCUUUGCGGAGCAGAAGCAGCUCCUGGAGGUGGAGCUGUACCCGGAGUACAGGGAGAACUCGUACGUGCCGACCACCGGAGCCAUCAUCGAGAUCCACAGCAAGCGCAUCCAGAUGUACGGGGCCUCGCUCCGCAUCCAUGCCCACUUCACUGGGCUCAGGUACCUGCUGUACAACUUCCCGAUGACCUGCGCUUUCAUCGGCGUCGCCAGCAACUUCACCUUCCUCAGCGUCAUUGUGCUCUUCAGCUACAUGCAGUGGGUGUGGGGGAGCAUCUGGCCCCGACACCGCUUCUCUUUGCAGGUGAGCGUCCGGAAACGAGGCGGUUCCCAGAAGGCAGUGCAGCAACAGAUCUCUGCCCGGCAUGCAGGCACAGGACCCCAAGGCCAGGAGGAGUCGACCCAGCUGUCAGACAUCACAGAGGACAGCGAGAGCCCUGAAGAUCCCCCAGGGGCAGAGGGCCAGCUCCCUGAGGAGGAGAAAGCAGAUCAGCAGCCCUUGAAUGGAGAGGAGGAGCUGGAGCCAGAGGCCAGUGAUGGCUCCUGGGAAGACGCAGCUUUGCUGACGGAGGCCAACCUGCCGGCUCCUGCUGCCGCCCUGGUCCCCUCCCCCAACCCUGCCCCGGAGACUCUGGGCAGCUCUGAACCCUCUGGGGACAAUCUCCGACAGCGCCCCAUCUGCUCUAGUUCCUGAAGAGAACAGGGCAGAGUCCUCACAUUCCAGUCCUUUCUCCCCUGACCCCUUCCCCUAUCCUGUGGCUCCCCCAAUAAACUAUUUUCAUGCCA